CAAAUUUCACAUACUACUAUCUGUACCUCAGUUACAGCAAAGAAACCAAUCAUUGGAAUUUGACAAGAUCUGAAGUUAGCAAAAUCUCAAUCAUGAUGCUCGUGACCAGAUGUGAGUACAUCUUGAACAGAUUUCUCACUGAUGAGAAUGACUUAGGUGAACGCCCGUUGCCAGCAGCUAGGCUCGAAGAAAUAAUAUUUGUCCUUCAAGAACUGGCACGUCUGAUUAUUCAUUCGGACACAGCAUCCAUCCUUCCUUUGCAUCCACACUUGAAAAGUGGCCUAGCAGAGGAGGAAAGUCAAGACAAGCGUCCUCAUCUGCUUGUUCUAUUUCCCUCCUUCUGUGAGCUUGUUGUAUCAAGGGAAGCACGAGUAAGAGAGCUAGUGCAACUACAUAUCAGGCUCAUCACAUGAGAAUUGGCACUUGAAAAGGUUAGCUUAGCCAACUGAGUUGUGGAAGAAUACACUUUUAAGUGAUUUAAACCUCAGUCACCUCACAACGUUAUUUGUUUAUAGAAGAUUUAGGUCAGGAAUUUUUCUCAUCCUCCAAUAUUCAGAGUUGUAUAGUAGUUUGUACAUUAUAGGGAAAUUAUCAAUUUUGUUGCAUAUGAUGUGGUGAUUUUUUUUGAAUUGUGAGCAUGAGGUUAGCAUUGGUCCUCUGUUUGCAUGCAAGAGAUGUAUACAGUCCUAUCGAUUCAAAGAAAAAUAUUUUUGGAAAGCUUGCAACUAGCUCAAUUUUGAGUAAGUGACAGUGCAAAUUAAAAAUGAAUUGAGCAUGAGCUGAGGUUUCACUU